CUUAGUAUUGUUUCUAGAGUAGGAAUAAGAGUAAUGUUGUCGUUCAGGUGCGUGGUUGUAGUUCUAGCAAGCUUUGCUGUAGUGAGCUUAGCUGCACCUCAGAAUAAUUUAUCAAGUGCAGUAAAAUCUGAAUCGCUUCCUGUGAAAAAUGAUCGUGACCGAUAUGAAGUCGUUUCCAGUGGAGCACAGGGACCUGCGAGAAACAAUGAGAGGAAUUUGCGAAAGGAUGACGAAGAAUCCUUAGCAAAAUUUCAAGCCAAAUCUGCACACUACUCGUACGAUUCUUCCAUCACCGAUACGAUCAGUGAUCAGACCAUCCAAAGGCAGGAAACACGUGAAGGACUAGCCCUUAAGGGAAUGUACGCGUAUAGUGAUGGGUUCUACAAGCGGGAAGUGCACUACGUUGCCGAUGAAAAGGGAUACCGGGUGGUGAAGGAGAUCACGAUACCGAUCGGAGAUGGCCCUCAGGAAGAUCCAAAUGGGAAAGCCGACGUGUCUUCAUCCCUUUCCGGAUCGUACUCAAUCACAGCCGACGAUAUUGCUAGGCCGCUGUAUAAGAAGCUAGCGAAAAAGGUGUAAACGAUUGUUAAGUGGAGUCCGUUUAUUAUUUAAAUGUUG